CUGUUACGUAGCUUACUUGUUACGUCGUAACUUUUGUGCGGAAAAACCGCAGUUUUUAUUGGCGCUAAGAAAAACAUAAAUAAUGUCUGUGCCUUUCAGUGGCGCAUUGCGGCGUUCCGGCGGCAUCGUAUCCGCCAUUGGCAAGCAGCUGAAGAGCGUGAAUUUAAAGGGCGUCAAGCGGAUAACCGUGCAGUUCGAUCCAUUCGCGGAAAACGUCAAGUCCACACGAGAAUUCCUCUUCUUGCUCUCCACACCCAAGGUGGCAGCCACGAAUCCCAAGUGCGUGGUCAAGCCAGAAGUCGUCUGCGAUCGCCAGCCGGCCAACAUCAAGUUUGCCCUGAUUGAUUCAGCGCAAGAACAAGCCAAAGUCAAGGAGAUUCGCUUCAACAGCGACAACCUGAAUACACUAGAGCUGCUGCAGCUGUGCAACAAGCACGUGUCCAGCUUGGCACCGCGGGAGGAGAUCACCAACAAGGUCCUGACCAAGGCGGAGAAACAGAAGCUUGCAGGAGGCGCCGGCGGCGGAAAGAAGGCAACGAAGAAGAAGUAA